ACAUUUCUCCACUCAGGCUCAUCGUUCAUGAGUCUGCAGCUUAGGCAAAAAGGGUUUCACCGUGGUGGGCAUGUUCAGCGUGACGGGGAUGCUGUUUGUUUGUGGGCGUGAACUCAUUGUCUCUGUGUCACGUGGUCUGUGUUUCAUCGACGAACCAACAUGCACAACAACAUGGAAAAAAAAAAAAAAAGAGCGACACUUAAAAUACGAAGAAAUGUGCAGCUUUCCCUUUGCCACGUGUGUGCGCGCAUCAGGACAAACAGUAACCAGCCACUCACCCUCACCACAUCAGCGCAACGCCCACCCUCUGACCACACUUUUAAUGGCCGAUAUUGCCGAACGCUUCCGACAGCGUCUGUGUAGUUUGUUGCAGCAGUCGAGGCAAACUAAGAUGGAUUCAAAUAAAUCGACUCUCCGGGAAAAGUGUUACGAUCCUCGGGACCUGACUCUAAGAUUCGUCGACAGAGGGGACGAUUUAGACUUUCUGUGUGAAGGCUUCAAGUCUCCGAGAGCUCUGAUGUCCUGUGGCCACGCUGUGACCCCGAUGUCUCUCACUAAGUGGUGUGGCGUAUUACUGCAACAGGGUAAAAGCAGAUUUGUGUGUGGCCAGCCUAACUGUAAUGUGGAGUGGUCUUUUGAGGAAGUUUGUAAAAUGGCUCUUCUGACCCCGGAAGAAAAGAAGUACUUUAAAGAAACCCGGGCUCUGAAUUAUUUCCGGGAAAACAUUGGUACCAAACCAUGUCCUGGAUGCACAUCUUCUGUCGUGAGAGCAAAUGAAUCUAACCUGAGAGUCUGUUGCACAGUUUGCACAGCAACCAGACGGCAGCCCUAUGACUUCUGCUGGCAGUGUUUGAGGGAAUGGAAAGGUCCACGCACACGGUCAGACCGCUGCGACAAUGAUGGCUGCUGCAACCUGUCUCUGGAAACUCUGAAAACCUGCCCAGGUGUUGUCAUAUCUGGGGUCGCUGGUUGUCCCUCCAUCCGGGCCUGUCCCACCUGUGGCUCACUGUUGGAGCACACCAAAUUACACUGUAGAAAUGUUGUCUGUCCCCGGUGUAGGGUGUCGUUCUGUUUUGUGUGUCUGAAGCUUUCCCCACAUCAUCCCUGUGCUGUCGCCCCUAGACAGACCUCUAUACCUGUAUGGAAGAUGAAAUAACUGGAACAACACCAGACUCUAUGUUUUCCACUUUGCUUUGAUGCAAGUCAGCCUUUGUUUAAAUUAGAUAUAUGUUUCUGGUUUAGAUGAUAUCUGAUUUCGCCAUCCUGUGCUCACCAGCCAGUUCAUAAGGCAGGUCCUAAUAUAAGCCAGUGAACUAGGCUUAAUAAACAGAAACACCUUUGUGUUUAAUUCAAUCUAAUUUAACAGCACCACAAACUAAGAUAAUUGGAUAGAAUAAUCAUUUGUAAUUAUAUAACCCUUUAUUUGUCCCACGGUGUGGACAUUAGCAGUGAUGAGGACAGUGCACAUGAUGGAUAAAAAGAAAAAAGAAAAAAAGAAAGUAAACCACCUAAUAAAUCCAAAAAUGAUCAUAGAGUAGAAUGACAGCCGUUAUUGAUUCUGUUUGGACAUAAACUGAACAUUAACACAUUCAUGAAGAUUUAUUGCGUGAUUGUGAUAUUAAAAUACGUUCCUUUUUUACUACUAUACCUAAUGAACUGGCAAUGUGUAUAUGCAUCUUUAUUUGCUGCCAAAGCAUUUUACAAUCGCUUCACAACUGAUUCUGGGAAUGAAAAACACAUGCAAUAUUUUGAUGAUCUCAUCAUAAUAUCUGACACAUUUUAGUGUUGCUUCCUUAAUAUUCACUCAUUGCUAUAUUAAGCCUCUGUAAUCUGUAUGUGUGUGCUGCUUCGUCACUCUGUGAACGGAGGAAAUGGAAAAAAGGAGGAAAUAUGCGGUUAUAUUUUGUUUCCAUGCUGAUAAAUAGCACAGCACAGCAAAUAUAACAUUAGUAGGCGUUAAUAUAAUGAUACAUAGCAGCACUUGGCCCUGAGAAACCAUUGUCUGACUUCAAUAAAAUAAAAUAAAAUAAC